CUUCCAAUCAACCUUCUAAAACGUUUCGAGCUGGAUGUAAAAAGUGCGGAUUUUUCCGAACAAAGCGGAAACAUUGACAUGGAUGUUUCAAGUACCAGCUCCGAUUCUGAAGAUGAUGAAAUGCUUAAAGAAGCCAUUGCUAAACGAAAAGCGGAAUUGGCGGCACUAAGGAAAAAACAGAAGUCUUCGAAACGCCGAUCUCGUUCACGCAGUCGAUCAUCUUCCCACAGUCGCGGUAAGCACAAGAAAUCUCACCGUAAACAUCGCCAUAGUAGCAAGCACAAAAAGUCUGAAAGGACGUAA